AUGUCGUUAUUCAAUGGACAAAAUUCUUCUACUCAAAUAGCUGAAAAAAUCAGUAAUGAGAAACAAGAUUAUGAUAAUUAUUCCGUAUCUUCGGCCUCGGUAAAACCAGCACCAAAGAAUAUUUUUGCAUCAUUUUUAGAUGGUUUCAAAAGAGCACCACCUGUUGAAGAAGCAGGUGCAGAUCGUAAAAAAGCUAUUCUGAAAACUGAAUUGAGAUUAAUGUCACUAUCGACUGGGUUGGGUACCGGGCUUUUGGUUGCUGCUGGUGACAAGUUGAGAUUAGCUGGUCCAGCUGGUGUUUUAAUUGCUUAUGCCAUUACAGGCCUUAUUAUGUUGGCACCAAUGAUGCACUCCUUGUCUGAACUAACUAUUGCAUAUAGUGGAUUACCCGGUGGAUUUCAAUCCUACUAUACUAAAUUCCUUGAUGAGAGUUUGGGAUUUGCAGUAGGGUGGACUUAUGCUUUCCAGUGGUGCUGUGUUAUAAGUUUAGAAUUGGUUACUGCAUCAAUGACAAUUAAGUUUUGGACCACUAGUAUAAACCCCGAUGUCUGGGUUGUCAUAUUCUUGGUUGUUGUUGUCUUGAUAAAUCUUUUUGGAUCCAAAUGUUACUCGGUUUGUGAAACAAUAUUCAAUUCGUGCAAAGUGUUGAUGCUUUGUGGGUUCAUCAUUUUUGGAUUAGUUAUUGAUGUAGGAGGAGGACCUCAGGGUUUUGUUGGAGGUAAGUAUUACCACAAUCCUGGAGCCUUUACCAGCUUUAAAGGUUUAGCUUCUGUUUUUGUUACAGGUGCAUUUUCAUUAGGUGGUUCUGAAUUUAUUAGUGUUUCAGCAAGUGAAACUAAGCAUCCAAGAGCUUCAAUUAGAGCCGCAACGAAGUUAGUGUAUGUAAAGGUUAUAAUUUUAUUCUUGGGUUCAUUGGUAUUUGUUGGUUUAUUGGUGCCAUAUAAUUCGGAUAGGUUGAUGGGUUCAGGAGACUCAGCAACUCACGCAUCUCCAUAUGUUAUUGCAGCUGAGAUGCAUGGUAUUAAGGCGUUACCACAUAUUAUCAAUGCAGUUAUUUUAAUCUCAGUGACAUCAGUUGCUACUGCCGCCAUGUAUAGUUCACAAAGGUUGAUCCAAUCAUUAGCAGAGCAGAAAUUAGCGCCCAAAUGGUUGCUUUAUAUUGAUAAAGAAGGAAGACCAUUGACUGCUUGGUUUGUAACAAUCUUGUCGUCAUUCUUUGCAUUUAUUGCCACUUAUGAUAAGGAGGAAAUUGUUUUUAACUGGCUAUUGUCGAUUUCAGGUAUCUCGUUUGUUGUCUGCUGGUUGUUUAUUUGUGUUUGUCAUGUACGCUUCAGAUUUGCAUUGAAACAUCAUGGAAUUCCAGUAGAGAGUUUAGCAUAUGUCUCGCCAACAGGAAUAUGGGGAUCGUACUUGGCGAUUGUUAUUAAUAUCCUUAUAUUGAUUGCACAAUUUUGGAUUUCACUUUUCCCCAAGGGCACCCCCGAUGCCAAUAAUUUUUUCCAAAACUACCUUGGAGCACCUGUUUUUGUACUUUGCUACGUUUGUCAUAAAAUUUGGACAAAGAAUUGGAAGUUGUACAAGAAACUUGACGAUAUCGACGUUGAUAAGGAUAGAGUGAUUUAUGAUUCGGGAAUAUUGCAAUUGGAGAAUGCCGAAGAGAGGGAAAGGUACCAAAAAGCUCCCUGGUGGAAGAAAAUAUUGAUUACUUGCUUCGAUUAG